AUGCUGAGGACACCAAGGUCCUGCCGAUGCUGCUCCUGCGCAAAGCGUCCAGCACCCGCCAGCUGUGCAGCCAGGAGGACGCGGCUGCUCUGCAGGGACCAGGGACACGUGGCAGAGGAGCGAGGGGCCCGUGAGGGCCUUCCUGCUGCCCAGGAGGAUGGAUACGGGAACAUGAUCCUCCAAGGGCUCCGCUGGGGCUGGCUGCCCUCGGCUGCUCGCUCUACCUCACUCUGCCAAGGCUUCAUUGUUCAGGAAAUACACAUGCGCCCAAUUCCUCCCAAAAGCACGGGUCUCUAUGAUCCCAUUUCCUGCGUUCCAGUGAACCUCGUGCUGGAGGAUGGACACACUUUAUUUGACUACAAUGUUGGACUGAAUGACAUAGUUCAGCUUUUGAUACGUUCUGAAUCUGAAGCAUCUACCACUGUUCCUGGUACAGAUCAGGAUGGAGAGGUCAACCCCUGUGCUGUAUCCAACUGUAAGAACAAAGUCAAAAAGACAACUGGUAGUGGAUCUCCCAAUCAGCCAUCAACAUCAUCUCGCUCAUUUCUAAUUGAUCCCGGCAUUGGACUGUACAAGAUAAACGAACUGGUGGAUAACUUGGACAGUACACCAUCCACAUCUUACUCAGACUGUAUGGACACUGAUGAAGAAGCUAUUUAUCAUAUCAAGUAUGAUGAGUACCCAGAGAAUGGCAUAGUAGAAAUGGACAUCAAUAAUCUUCGCCCACGAGCAAGAACCAUUCUGAAGUGGAGUGAACUAAAAGUGGGUGAUGUGGUAAUGGUUAAUUACAAUGUUGAGGCUCCAGAAGAAAGAGGAUUUUGGUUUGAUGCAGAAAUUACCUCUUUGAGAGAAAUCUCAAGGACUAACAAAGAGGUUCAUGCUAAAAUUCUGCUGGGAGGCCCAGAAGACACAAUAAAUGAUUGUAAAAUCCUUUUUAUAGAGGAAAUGUACAAGAUUGAAAAGCCGGGAGCUUAUCCACUGACAUUUGGGGAUGGAGAUUUCAAAAGCAAGAGUGGCCCUGAAUGCAAGCACUGUAGGGCUGAUCCAGAUAAGGAGUGCCGUUUUUGCUCUUGUUAUUUGUGUGGUGGAAAACAGGAUGCUCACAUGCAGCUCCUGUGUGAUGAAUGUAAUAUGGCUUAUCAUAUAUACUGCCUGAACCCUCCUUUAAGCAAGAUACCAGAAGAUGAGGACUGGUAUUGUCCUUCCUGCAAAAAUGAUUCUAAUGAAGUUGUAAAGGCUGGAGAAAAGCUCAAACAGAGUAAAAAGAAAGCAAAGAUGCCAUCUGCCAGUACUGAAAGCCAGAGAGACUGGGGCAAGGGCAUGGCCUGUGUUGGUCGCACUAAGGAAUGCACUAUUGUUCCUUCUAAUCAUUAUGGACCUAUACCUGGAGUUCCUGUUGGGACAACCUGGAAAUUCAGAGUUCAGGUGAGCGAAGCAGGUGUUCACAGACCACACGUAGGUGGAAUCCAUGGACGCAGUAAUGAUGGAGCUUAUUCGCUUGUAUUAGCUGGAGGAUUUGAAGAUGAAGUGGAUCGAGGCGAUGAAUUCACUUAUACUGGGAGUGGAGGUAGAGAUCUUUCUGGCAAUAAAAGAAUUGGAGAGCAUUCAUUUGAUCAGACAUUAACACACAUGAACAGAGCUUUGGCCCUUAACUGUGAUGCCCCACUGGAUGAUAAAAAUGGAGCAGAGUCUAAGAACUGGAGAGCUGGUAAGCCUGUCAGAGUAGUACGCAGCUCGAAGGGACGCAGGAUCAGCAAAUAUGCCCCAGAGGAAGGCAACAGAUACGAUGGCAUUUACAAGGUGGUGAAAUAUUGGCCAGAAAUUGGGAAAUGUGGAUUUCUAGUUUGGCGCUACCUUCUGAGGAGAGACGACGUUGAGCCUGCGCCUUGGACGUCGGAGGGAAUGGAGAGGUCGAAGAAACUGGGUCUGAGUGUGCAGUAUCCAGAAGGUUAUUUGGAAGCCAUGGCCAGCAAAGAGAAGAAAGAUAAGGUUAAAAAGCAAACUGUGAAACAGGAGCCAACCAACCAGAGCAAUGGAAACCAGAAAAGGACAAUUGAUGAUGGUGUAGAGGAACCUACCAAUACACCCAAAGCCAUGAGAAUGGGCGAUGGAGGGAAAGGAGAGGCUUUCCAGCUCACCCAGGAGCAGCAGUGGCUGAUCAGAGAAGACACUAUGAACCAGAAACUGUGGGAUGAAGUACUUGCUUCUCUAAAGGAAGGACCAAAUUUUCUGAAGAAACUGGAACAAUCCUUUAUGUGUGUCUGCUGCCAGGAGCUGGUUUUCCAGCCAGUGACAACAGAGUGCCUCCACAACGUCUGCAAAAGCUGUUUGCAGCGCUCCUUCAGAGCUGAGGUCUUCACGUGCCCCGCGUGCCGCUACGACCUGGGGAAGGGCUACACCAUGGUCGCCAACAAGGUCCUGCAGACACUACUGGACCAGUUCUUCCCGGGAUACAGUAAAGGACGAUGAUGGGCCCAGACCCUUCCAGGCUUCUCCCAGUGACUCUAGAGACAGAGCUAGAGAGGAGAACGAACACGGGAAAUGCGACAGUGGACCAGCCAGCUGGAUGGGACUCAAUAUAUUGUCACAUUUUGAAGCAGCUAGCCCUCUUCCCCUCAUAGCCAUUUUUGUGUAGUGGGAACUCUAAUUCUCAGCUGUCUUUUAACAUCAAAGGUAGUUUUUGGCCAGUUGACAAAUAGUUGUUAAAGAGGAAAAAAAAAAAAAAAAAAAAAAGCCUCAGCUCUAACGGGCCUAGCUGAUGCUUGGUUUAUGAUUUGCUUUUGUAACUACCUCAGGACAGAGGAAAAAAAAUCAUGGGGAUGAUUAAAAGUUCAGUGAAGUUUUAGCUACACACUGCCUCCUGAAUAUUAGUUGUGCCUGGUCCAUGUGGUUUGAUUUAC